AUGAGCUGUGUCCUACCUCUUCUUGUUAUACCGUUGAUAGAAAAUGCCUGGCAAGUAGCCAUCAGAGGAUCCCGACCGAUAUCAGUUACCCAAAGAGAAGGCUACAAUCUCGAUGCUUUACAAUCCGCCAACAUCAUCGCAAUAUUUGUCGAAAGCCAACUCAUGAUUGAUGACAAAAAUGGUGUAAUUUUUGAAUCAGAGAUUGUGAUCAAAUCAUCAACUACUACAUCUAUUCCACCCAACUUGGUUUCUGAUCUGAACAAUUUUGAAUCAGAGAUUGUGAUCAAAUCAUCAACUACUACAUCUAUUCCACCCAACUUGGUUUCUGAUCUGAACAACAAUAGCAUAACGACUAUUUUUAUUACAUGUGGAAUCCUCACUGUCGCUCUUCUAGUUUUUAUUGCUUACAUUUGUAAUCGAUAUAAUGAGAGUGGCAAUGGAGUUUACGUAUCUACUCCAUCAUUUUCUUUCAGAAUACAAGCCAAUCAGCAACAAACAGUUUCCUGGAUAGAAGAAGACGUUUAAUUUGCAUCUGUUUUAGUAAUUUACAUGUAAAAUUGUAAAUCAAUAACCGAAAAACAGAAAGAUCUUGAAAAUUCAGAAAUAAACUCCGUAACACUUUCAAAAUCUUUUUCAGCUGUUUGUUUAUUGUUAUCCUCAACUUUGCCAACUCUGCGAGAAGCAUCCAGCUCUGCAACCAUCACAAUGAAAAUCAUAAUUACGAAAUAUAAUAGUCUGGUCUGUGAUAUCUAAAUCUUGAAUAAAUGAAUGUUACGAUUAA